GCGUACACGUCCUACUACAGUGAUGCUGAUUAUCCAGUUACAAAAGUCCUGUGGGAGCCUGUGUAUGUUGGGGUGCACAUUUUGGAGAGGACCGACCCCAACAUUGUCCUGAUGCUGGGACGUUGCUGGGCGACAUCAACCCCCAGUCCACUCAGUCUACCCCAAUGGGAUCUUCUGGUUGAUGGAUGCCCUAACCAGGAUGAUCGUUACCUGACCACAUUGGUUCCAGUGGCUGGAUCAUCUGGUCUUCAGUUCCCGACCCACUACAAGCGCUUUGUUGUGAAGAUGUUCACAUUUGUAGAUCCAGCAUCACUGGCUCCUCUGCAGGAAACCAUCUUCAUCCACUGUAGUACAGCGGUGUGCCAUCCCUCCUCUGGCUCCUGUGAGCAAAGCUGCACUAGGAAAAGAAGAGACACGCACAUCAAGACCAUCUCUAGUGGGCAAACUGUGGUGUCUAGUGGAGAAGUUAACCUGGUCAAGUGAAUUUUAGUGUUUUAAUAAACUUCAUGAAACUCAA